GCACUUCUUACGGCAGCAUUGUCGACGACACAUGCACCCAGCGCAUGUCGCAUACUAACUCCAGCUGAGUGGCAGUGCGCGAUCGAUUGCCCAUCAUGGCGCAUCACUACAUCAACACGCCGGGCACUGAACGAGGGAACGAGACGUUUCUCAGUCCCAGCAAGAAUGGCCUCGUGGACAUGUCGUUCAACCAGCCUUUCCAGUCGCCCAGUAAAGAUGCCGGCCAGGAUAUUCGAAGUCGUAUGCGAGGACUUCGCGGUGGACCAGGACCAGUAUCUGCGCGAACACCGCGACCUCGAACAGCGUUGGUCGACAAGCGCAAUCCGACGGGCAAGCAGGAAUUCACACCGCUCCUCAAGAGCGCGAAACGAAACCAGCUGAUGCGACAGAGCAUAAUGGAGGAGAAGGAGAACACCAUAAAUGGCGACUUGAAAACGCCCGCUGGACUGCGUGAAAGCUUCGGCAGCAGAGCAACGCCUGGCUUACCGAUCGAAGCGUCGAUGCUGGACGAUUUCACUGGUAGUUCCGGUGAUCGCGAGAAUACGCCAGUGGCACCUCAAGCAGUCAGCUCAUCCAUGUACGACUCGACGCCUAUGCCGCACCUGCCCACGAACAGGAAUGGAGUGCUCGAGACGGGCAAUGUUUUGACUCUACGCGACCAGGAAGCCAAGCUGGACCAGAUUCAGAAGGACAACUUUGGUCUGAAGCUGAAGAUCCACUACCUCGAAGAUGCAAUGCGCAAAAGUGGCACCGAAUUCCAGCAGCAGACUUUGAAGGAGAAUGUCGAGCUCAAGACAAACAAGGCGCAACUGGAAGUAGAUUUAAAGAAGCAGCGUAAGCGGUUACAAGAUGCGGAGCAACAAUUAGAGGAAUACAAGUUACACCUGCGAGAAUAUCAAGAGAAGGUCAAGAAGCGACAUACGAGUGAACGCGAUCAGGAAGAGUAUGAGCGUCUGCAAAGGAUGGCCGAGGAGUCGCAGAAGAUUGCAGAUGAACGGGAGCAAGAGUUGGACCGAGUACGCGAGAAGCUUGACCAAGCGGAGCAGUUACAGAGCGACGAGAGCGAAGUGCAGCGUCUCAAGGAUCAGCUACUCGAUGCAGAGCAAGAAGUACGUGACAGGGAACGUGAGCUGGACGAGAAGGACACAAAGCUUGAAGAGUUGCAAGAGAAGCUGCAAGCGGCUGAACAAAUGGAAGGCGAUGCAGACAAGAUCCAACAACUGCGGGACGAUAUUGGUGAUCUGGAGGCCGACAUUCGAGAUCGCGAACGACAGCUCGAAGAGAAGGACGACAAGCUGGAGGAAUUGCAGCAGCAGGUCAAAGCGCUUCAACAAGACAAUGCGAACGUGGACCAUAUGCAGCAGGACAUCGACGACAUGGAGAACGAGCUCAAAGAGAAGGACGAGGAGUUGGACAGAAAGAAUGCUCGGAUCGCUGAACUCGAGGAACGCGUCAAUAGUUCGUAUGAUCGCGAGAAAUCGACCAAGAAGCUACGUGGCGAUGUUGUUGACCUUGAGAACAAGCUUCGACAAAAGGAUCAAGAGCUUGACGAGUUCAGAGAUCAAACACGAGCGUUAGAGAAGCGUCUGCAAACAGCGGAAUCCAGCCAAACAGCAGAGCUGCGACAAAAGGAUAAUGAGCUGCGCAACAUUCAGCGCGAAUUGGCUGACAAGGAUGGCGAGAUCAAAGCCCUGCAGGAACGACUGCAGACAGCGCGAGGCAGUUGGGACGCCGAGGCAGAGCAGACCGAUGCUCGACUGAGAGAAAAAGACCGCAUUAUUCAAGAGAAGGAAAGCCAACUACGAGACAAGUCGCGGGUGAUUGAGGAGCGCGACGACGAGCUCGUAGAUCUCGAGAAGCGCAUGCGAGCCGCCGAAUCAGCUCGAGAUGAUGCACUCCGCAAGCAGCGAGGUCGACAGAGCGAGGUCGACAGCCAAGUCAGCGAGCUUCAAGAACAGCUGCGGAUUGCCUCUUCUACCGCCCAGGCUAAGCUUGACGAGAAGGAUGGACUCAUACAGGCUCGUGAAAAGGAGGUGCAAACCCUUCAAAGCCGCAUUGCGUCUCUUCAGACUGGUGACAGCUCUGAGGUGCGACGAAAAGACGAGCAGAUCCGACGCCUAGAGUCUGAUAUCAAGUCAAAAGAGCGCGAGAUCAAGGACCAGCAGCAGCAGCUUACAAGCCUCAAAGCGCGAGUCGGAGCAAUGGAGACCCCAUCGAAGAAGGACAGCCUACUCAAGCAACAGGCUGACCAGAUCCGAUCUCUCGAGCAGGCUUUGCAAAAGCUAGAGCAGGACAAAGAAGCUGAGCUGGACGAGCUCGACCAACAUUGUCAAACCAUCGAGGAUGGCAAUAAGGACUUCGAGCAACAACUUGCUUCUCUUCGUAAGCGUACCGAAACUGCCGAUCGCGAUCAAAGUAUGCUUGGCCAUCAGAGCUCUGAGUUGAACGAGAAGAAUGAGCAGAUCCGUCGGCUGGAGCAGGAACUGGACCAGCUGCGCGACCGACUUCAACAAGUCAUCGAGCAGCGACAGAAAGAUGUCCGACAGCUGGAGCGCGAGCUCGAGACCGCCCGUUCAAACAGCAAGGGCGGCGUCGAAGAGGCUGAGCGCCGAUUUGCUGCCAUCAAGAAGGAGAUGCAAGCCGAGUUUGAAGAGGAGAAGGACGCCCUUGACGCAGAGAUCGAGUUAAUGGACACGCACUUCGUCGAAGUGGAAGCGGAGAAGGCGCGUCUCAAUGCCCGUAUCAAGGAUCUCGAGGCUGAAGUCAGUCGUGCUCAGCUUACGAAGGCAGAUGGCAGUCCGGCUCGUGAGCGCAACGAGUUGCGUACGCAGCUGCGCAAGGUAGAGGCUGAGCGUAACACCCUCGAGACUACCGUGAAGAAGCUGCGCAUCGAUCUCCAGACCGCUGAGUCUGCAAAGGUCAAUUUAUCUCCCGUCCGAGAUCGCGAGAGCUUGAGACAAGAGCUCGCCGUAGCCAAUGAAAAGGUUGCCAGACUGGAGCAACAGGUCGAGACGCUGGAGGCAGAGCUCCAGUAUGCCGAGCAGGAGAAGACACUGGCCGAAGAGCGUGGUGAUCUUCAUGACCUCCUCAAGAAGUCGAAGAUCGAAGCAGAGGAACUGCAAAUUGAGCUUACGAAGCGCGAGAAGGCGGACAAGAGCCAGCAACGUCGCGAAGCUGAGCUUCAGGCACAACUCCAGGACGCACAAGCAGAGAUCGACGACUUGCAAGUUCAAAUUGCAGAUCUGGAGAACCGCACGCAAGCACAGACGACAAAGGAACGUGAACACCGGAACCAGGCCAAGGAGCUUAAACGCCUGAAGCAGGAAUUGGAGGAGCUUCAAUUGCAACUUCAAGAUCGUAACGGGUCAUCGUCAGGUCAUGCUCGCCGCGAGGCAGAAUUGCGCGCUCAGUUGCGAGAUGCUCAAGCAGAUGUCGAUCGCCUGCAAAUGGAUGUCCAGGAUCGGGACGCUGGACUGCAGACUGCCGCAGCGAAGGAGCGACAACUUCGCGAGCGCCUGCAACGUGCUCGAGCAGAGGAGACCGUCACCCUACAGGCACAGGGCUUCCAAAGCGAGCUCGAGGACGCUGAAGUAGAAAUUCGUGCUCUGCAGUCACAACUGCAAGACCGUGCCGCUAAGCUAUCCGCCUCAAUGAAGCGUGAGGAAGACCUGAAGUUCAAAUUGAAGUCAGCGAAAGCCUCUGUCAAGCAAUUGCAGCAGCGUUCCGCCGAGAACUCGCAAGAUCUGGUGGCUCGACAACCGGUCGACACUCUUGCCCUGACCAAGCGCCACGAAUCCGAACUCAAGGGUCUCGUCAAGCAGAUUCAGUUCCUGCGCUUUUCUCUCAACCGCGAGAAUCAGUUCCGGAGCGAUCUGAUUCAUACGAAGAAUUACUUUUUGCUUCAGGUACAGAUGUACAACGCAUGCAAUCGCGAGGAUCUGCGACUUUUGGAGGAAAUUGGUGUUACACCAGAUAUGAGUUUCCGGGAGAAGAAGAGAAGUCUGAAGAGUGUGGCCUGCAUGGUGCUGGCGGGCGUGAGGAUGAAGAAGGGGGCGGAGAAGUGGAGAGAAUGUAGAAAGGUGGAGGAGAGUCUGUUGAGGAAGUUGGAGGGGGUGAGGAAGGGAAGGCAAUUGAAGGGGUAGAGGGUGGGAUGUGAGAUGCUUCUCCUGCUCGGUGGGGAGGUUGUGUUCUGCUUUGACGUUCGCUGGUAUUUGAGCGAGGUGUUGGUGGCUUGUGCUAUUCACUUGAUAGUAUGAUGAGAUAUGACUGCUUUCGUUGAUGCUCAGACUUGAUCGAAUGUUCACAGAGAUCCGGAUUGCUCGGCAUUGCUCGCUAACUGAUGAAACGUCAAACAUCCAAGUGCUGCGCAUAUGCAGGUGAAGCUUAUGCAUCCUUCUUGUCGCGAAUAAAUUGGCUCAUAUGCAAGACCUCGAGCCUCUGCUCCAUGUUAUGCCUCGGACAAUCUUCAAUACUGUGGGACAAUGCCUCUUUCACUUCCAUGAUCACUCAACAUUGCGAUGAUGCGCGGAAAGCGAGGCUCUGUCCAACGUUGCUUGGCGACUACCGUAAGUGGCCUCAUGGUUGCAGCGGGCGGAAAAACUCCCCAUGUCGAGGUUUUGAACGUUGACAACUGUCCAUCACGGAGUCCUUGUCCGUUGAGAUGAUCCCUGGGAAGGGCGAUCAUCAGCAGUGGACACCAAGCUUUGGGGGACACCACGGAACGGCGCCUAGGACACGCGAUGAGAGGAGCCACAAGCGCGUGCGGCGAGCAAAAGCUGUUCCUGCGUGCAAACAAGGUGCUGAUGUUGUCUUUGACU